CUGAGGCUCCAAUACUUUGGCCACCUCAUGAGAAGAGAAGAAUCCUUGGAAAAGACCCAGAUGUUGGGAAAGAUUGAGGGCACUAGGAGAAGGGGACGACAGAGGACGAGAUGGUUGGACAGUGUUCUCGAAGCUAUGAACAUGAGUUUGACCAAACUGCGGGAAGCAGUGCAAGACAGGAGUGCCUGGUGUGCUAUGGUCCAUGGGGUCACGAAGAGUCGGACACGACUAAACGACUAAACAACAACAUACAGCUGAAAACGCUAGCAGCACUAAGAUAAAUUCAGAGUAAAUGUUUGAUUAAUGUAAAAGUGGAAAACUGAUUUGAAUGGUUAUAUUGAAAAAUUAAAUAAAUAAGCAAGCAAGCAAGCACAGUGUAGGGCAGGGGUGCAAACUAAGGCCCGCAGAUGGUCUGGGAAUCAGCGUGUUUUUGCAUGAGUAGAAUGUGUCCUUUUAUUUAAAAUGCAUCUCUGGGUUAUUUGUGGGGCCUGCCUGGUGUUUUUAUAAGAGCAGAAUGUGUGCUUUUAUUUAAAAUGCACCUCUGGGUUAUUUGUGGGGCAUAGGAAUUUGGUCAUAUUCCCCCCCCCAAAAAAAAAUAUAGUCCGGCCCACCACAUGUUCUGAGGGACAGUGGACCGGCCCACAGCUGAAAAAGGUUGCUGUCCCCUGGUGUAUUGAACAGGCCUUGCUGUGUUGUACAGCUCCCUAUGGGGAAAUCUUUGUUCCCUAGCUAGUGCAUCUACAGUGGUACUUCGUGUUACAGACGCUUCAGGUUACAGACUCCGCUAACGCAAAAAUAGUCCCUUGGGUUAAGAACUUUGCUUCAGGAUGAGAACAGAAAUCGUGCAGCAGGAGCGGGAGGCCCUAUUAGCUAAAGUGGUAUCUCAGGUUAAGAACAGUUUCAGGUUAAGAACAGACCUCCAGAAUGAAUUAAGUUCUUAACCCGAGGUACCACUGUAGUCUUUUUAAAGAGUGGUGAGGGAGCACAACGGAGUUAGCUAAUCCUCUUGAUUCAUGGAGUUCUUAUGAUGAGGCGCUGGAAUUGGACAGGUUCCAUUUCCUAGUUUUACUUUCAUUAUUGUCGAAACCAUCCUUUUCAGUUACAAAUUAUUCAUUACAAAAAAAACCACCACCCUUCCUCAUUUUUGUGUCUUACUGAUUCGUACGUUUCUCAGCUGACGAAUCAGAGAUCUUUUCUACUUCAAAUUGCCUAAGCUGCAAUUUUGUAAUAAAAAAAACCCGCUGCCCAGGAACCACCCACAGCCACAGAACAGAAGCAGGCUGAAAACAUCAGGAAGCGAGACCUUCCUCGCAACACUGCUUCAACAGACAGGUGUGAUGCCUUAUAAGGAGGAACAACCUAGCAACGUAUCUCCCUCUCUUAUCCCCAGACCUCGGGGAAAUCGAGCUCGGCAUGUGAGCUACCUCUUCCUUGCCCUGUGUGUAUGUUUCCUGUGCCUCACGGAGCAAAGCCUAGACCUUGUCUUCCAUCACAUUGUCAUCCAUUUCACAGCCCUGCAGGUUGGAGCACUGUGUCAGGGGGCCUGCAACUUCGCAGAAGAGCUGCGUCAUGUGACAUCCAGGUAUCAUGGGAGCUACUUAAGGGCCCUAAAUGCUUGCCUAGAGCUACGCAAACGCUCUUUCCUAUUUCUCCUGCUGUGUGGAGUAGCCUACCUGCAUCUCCUCAAAGAAACUGGCCUUCCAGUGUGUCGGAACCUGAUCAUUGUGUGCUUCUGCCAACUUUUAAACUUUGUCUUUGACCUCCAGCAUCCAUCAGCUGCCGAGGUUUCUGAAAUGUAUGAAAGAAACAACUGCAAUGUAGCACAAGGACUUGCCUGGUCAUAUUACGUUGGGUAUUUAAAACUCAUUUUGCCUGGCCUCAAAGAUCGGAUUAGAGAGUUCAACCAAAGCAAUACCCAUUUGCUGAAUUGCAAGAAGACUUGGAAAUUGCACAUCUUGAUUCCCCUGAGCUGUGAUGUGUGCGAUGACCUGCAGAAGGUUGACAGUCAUAUUCAUUUCAUAAAGAAUCUCCCAGAAAUGAACGUGGAUAUUGCUGGCAUUAAAAAAAGAAGCUACAAAAAUAGUGUCUAUGGGAUAUUGGGUGAAAACAAAGAGGAACAUUUUUGUGUUCUGGAGUAUGCCACCCCUCUGCGGUCCCUCUUUGCCAUGUCCCAAGAUGAAAGUGCUGCCUUUAGCCGUCAAGACCGUUUGGAACAAGUCAAGCUUUUCUGCAGAGCACUGGAAGAAAUCUUACAGAGAUCUAAAUAUUCUGACUGCUGCCGGCUCAUUGUAUAUGAUGAUUCAGAAGAAAAUGACAAGCACUUUCUGUCCAAGACUAUCCUAAGACACAUGGAGCAGGAGCUCCAAGAGGAGUAUACCAUGGAUGAAAAGCAUGAAGGCAGCACACAGAAUGCUGAAUCAAAUGGGAUUCAGCUCCUGAUUAGUGGCUCUGAUCAUCCCAUGUCUUUGCAUAGUUAUGGCUACUGAAAUAUAUUGGCCCUCAUCUCAAAGCUCCAUGUCCUUUCUUGUAGAAAUCAUCAGGAUUGCUUCCAGAUGAAACCUAAUAGUACCAAAUUUUAACACAUGCACACUGACCCCAACAAGACCUAAAAACCCUUCUAGAGAGCAUGAAGAUGUUGGCAAAAAUUGAGGCAGGGCCACCUCUGAGACUUUGUGGGCAUGGAGAUGUGUUGGAAUAAGACAAACAUUUAUGGAUUUUUCCUUCAAAUGAAUCUGUGGCUUCCUUUGAUGCCUUUCUCUCUUCUGCCUCUUCUUCUGUUUCUUCAAAGUUGUUCCAAACAUUAUGGACAAAGGUGAUGAGAGAAGAAAACAGCUUUCCCCCUGACUUAAGAUCAAGGCCUAUUUUUCUAAGAUACUAUGAAAUCUGUGAGGACUUCAUACCUAAAAGCGCUAAAAAGAUGAUAUAAUUAUUAUUAUUAUUAUUAUUAUUUAUCGCCCAUCUGUCCGGGAUCCAACAAAACAUUAAAAUACAGAAAUCCAUCAAACAUUAAAAGCUUCCCUAAACAGGGCUGCCUUAAGAUGCCUUCUAAAGGUCUGUUAAUUGUUGUUCUCUUUGACCUCUGGUGGGAGGGCAUUCCACAGGGCGGGUGCCACUACCGAGAAGGCCCUCUGCCUGGUUACCUGUAACUUGGCUUCUCGUAGCGAGGGAACCGCCAGAAGGCCCUCGGCGCUGGACCUCUGUGUCCGGGCAGAACGAUGGGGGUGGAGACGCUCCUUCAAGUAUACUCAGAUUUUGUUUGUUUGUUUGUUUAACCGAAGAGUUUGUUUCUCUCCUAGCAACCAAUUUUUGUUUUGAAUCAUUAAGGUUGCCAAAAUAGUAAUCCAGAGGAUGAGAGUCUGUGUGGCUUUGCCUCUACGUGGACCAUGCUCUUUGUGAAAGUACCAUUGAUCAAUGCUGUCUUCUCUUCUCUCUACUGGUAGAACACAGUGAGAGCCUUUCUAGCUGAACACUACCAGCAUAGAGAAGAGAAGGGAACGCUCUCUUCUUCUGUUGGUAGUAUCCAUUAGAACAGUUCCCUCUCUCCUCUCUGUUUGCUAGCUAAUCAGAAGCUAGUAGCUGGGGGGGGGACGACAAAUAAAAGCCUACCCUGGCUUCCUGCUAUUUCCAGUUGAGGAAUGAGUGAUGAAUAGCCUCUUAAUUACCCCUUGAAUAUUUUCUCAGAUUGCCCCAAUGUCAGUUUCUCUUCCUGUUUUUGUUCCCCCACUUGACACGUUUAGAGCUUUCUUGUAAAAUUUGCUAGAGAAAAUUCUGUGAGGUCACUUCCUUUGUCUUCAUUGGCAGGAAGCUGUAAUACUACAUACUUCCUUCCUGUCUGGGUAGCCCAGACACCAUUUUUGAAACUUGUGUUUUGUACUUUUGUAACUUACUUAGUAGUUCUAAACCUGCCUUCAUUUCGCUGCUGUAGCUGCUGCUUCAAGACUAGAUUAUGUAAGUAAAUACUACUUUUAUUUCUCCACAAAACAAUGUCUGUGUGAUUGUUGUUUUUAAGAGGAAAAAAUGGAGUAAUACCAAGAAAAAUCCAGUCUGCCUUAAAGCACCCUGGAUUAUUGUUUCUAGAAGGUUAAACCCACCUUGUCUUAGCUUCCAAGUUAAGCUGCAAAGGAUGGUGCCCUGCUGAUCUCACUAACAUGAGCAAGGAAGGAUAAAAACUAGACUAUAUAUCCUCUCUUAGUGUCUAAAUCCAUUCCUACAAGAAGAUAAUGUAAGCCUUGGGUUGAAAACACCCUGAACGAAAGCAGGGAUGUACUUUGAGAUGCUUCAGAGAAUUGUAUGUUAAAAGCCACUGCAGACAGUGAACUUGCAAAAUUUUAUCACA